GCAGCCGGGCCGGCGGAGAGCCUGAGUGGGCGCCGGCCGGAGUCGCGGCGCUCUCGGAGCGCGGACGCGCGACCCGCCGCCGCCAUGGACGACCCCGAGCGCGGCUGGAGCCUGUCCUUCGCCGGCUGCGGCUUCCUGGGCUUCUACCACAUCGGCGUGACCCGCUGCCUGAGCGAGCGCGCCCCGCACCUCCUCCGCAACGCGCGCAGGUUCUUCGGCGCCUCGGCCGGGGCGCUGCACUGUGCCUUCUUCCUCUCUGGGGUCCCGCUGGAGCAGACAUUGCAGACCCUCGUGGACAUGGUCCAGAGCGCCAGGAGUCGGACCAUUGGCGUCCUCCACCCGGCCUUCAAUAUGAGCAAGCUCGUCCGAGAUGGUCUCCAGAGAUACCUCCCAGACAACGUCCACCAGAUCCUCUCGGGCAAAAUUGUCAUCUCGCUCACCAGAGUGGCCGAUGGAGAAAAUGUGCUGGUGUCUGAUUUUCGGUCCAAAGAUGAAGUCGUGGACGCCUUGCUUUGUUCCUCCUUCGUGCCUUUCAUCUGUGGCUUGAUCCCCCCUUCCUUCAGAGGCGUGCGAUACGUAGAUGGAGCAGUGAGUAACACCAUACCCUGCUUUGAUACCAAAACGACCAUCACCAUUUCCCCCUUCUAUGGGGAGAGCGACAUCUGCCCCAAAGUCAAGUCCACGAACUUUUUUCACGUGGACAUCACCAAGCUCAGUGUACGCCUCUGCUCAGAGAACAUCUACCUAUUAGCCCGGGUGCUGUUCCCUGCGGAUCUCAAGGUGCUUGGCGAGCUAUGCUUUCGAGGAUAUUUAGAUGCGGUCAGGUUCUUGGAAGAGAAUGGCAUCUGUGACAGGCCCCCCCUGUGCCUGAGUGCAUCCUCAGCAGAGCUGGACGUCCUCGAGGCCCCCUGGGAGCACGGGAGCCUGCAGUCUUCCCCGGGCACGGCCGCCGGGGAGGCGAGGUCUGAGGAAGACAAGCUGCUCGAUCUCAGGCACCUCAGUAUCCUGCCCUGCGACGAGAGCAUCCUGGAGACCCUGUCGCCCAAGCUCACCAUAGCCCUGAGGGGAGCAAUUAGAAACCAAGAUGGGUACAUAAGCAAGAUGUGCAACUUCUUACCAAUUAAGGUCAUGUCCUACGCGGUGCUGCCCUGCACGCUGCCCGUGGAGUCUGUGAUUGCUGUGGUCCAGAGACUGGUGAUGUGGCUUCCAGACAUGCCCAAGGACAUCCAGUGGCUGUGGUGGGCGACCUCCCGGCUUUGUUCUCGAGUGGUGAUGCGUCUCUUCCCGGUGGAGCCCUACCUCAAGGACACAGGACAAAAUCUCUGGAAUUAACCAAGCCCCCGUAGCAACCGUUGCCAUGGGCUCGCCUAAUCUAAACCAGACAGCCGCUCGAC